ACUUGAUGACCUGUGAUAACAAAUUUCAUUGUAUAGCAUUAUCGUCACUCGACAAUCUAAUAUUAUGGCUGUAUUGCCGCGAACGAUACAGAGAGUGUUUAAACGCGUGUUUUGUAUAUAAGCAGCAAUUAUUAAAAAUAAUUGGCACUACGGAAAUUGUUGAGCUGUUUAAAGUAAAAAAUUUGCCGCAAGAUGAGAAAGAGCUGCUGCGACCAUUAAUAACGCUUCUGCAAGCUAGUGAUAAUAAUAGACCGGCUAAAUUAAACUCCGGGAUCGUAGUCGUACACUCUGAAAACAAUAGAUUUGUUAAUAAAAAAACUUAUGGCUGUAAAAUGACGCCUUCGUCGCAGUCUCCCGAAAUCUCUAGCGAUGAUUCGUUUGAGAUGCAAAAUUUUGCUCAAGAAAAUAUCUCUGAAACAAAUCCAGAGAAUUUAUUUGAUUCGAUUUACAACGGCAAAAUGUUAGAUACUAAAGAAGAUGGUCAUCAGAAUCCGGAUUUUCAAGAAAACAUUACGCAUAAGAUUCAGUCAGAUUUGCAAUCGAUUUACGAGUUGGCGAACAGCUUCAGACCUGGUAUGUUGGAGAAAGAAAUCGAGGAAAUUAUUUUGGGAACAGAUAAAAGGAUGAAAACUAUUAAGGAUUUCUAUCGAGACUCGCUUGGGCUUCAGAGUUUUAUCUAUGAAGUUACUCGCGCCGCGGAAUUGCAUUAUUAUAAUAUGUUUCUGGAAAACACCUCCAUGCAAUUGAUCGACUCCAUCGGCAACAAUUACAUCUUGCGGCAUUUCGUAAGAGCCUUUAUCGAAAUCAAUGCACCGGCUUACUUCAGAUGCAGUUGUGAUUACCCUUACCCAAUGGAUAAAACCGUAGAGCCGAAGUUUUUGACGGUCGGCGAAUCAUUCUUUAAAAUAUAUGCGGACGAUCUACCGAAAGAAUGUAGCAAUAUUUGUGACAAGGUACCUUAUAUGUGGCGUGUGUACCUGCCUAUUCGCAUCGAGGGACGUAGUGCGCUGGACGAUUUGUUGAGACAAUGUCUUCAGACCAGAGACAAUGUCGUGUUAUCGUUUCUUCUACCGGCGCUAAAUGACCAACAGUGGAAUUGCGUAGGUACAUGUCUAAGUGAGAUUGAAGACAAUACUUGCCUCUUUUGCGCGACACCUUUGGCAAAGAAAUUCGAUUAUGACGUACUGAUAGAUUGGAGUGGGAUUGUCAGGGAAAUUAUGAAAAGAGAAGGACCAGAUGAGGCCAUGACGUUCCUGAUUAAGCUGGAGGAUACGAUACCGAAUCUUGAUUUAGACAAAAGUAUAUUCCAUUCGAUCAUAUUUACAAAAAUGUUGCAUCGCCAAGGUUUGAAGAAAUCGAUUGAUUUCAGUAAAAUUAAUCCAUUAUCGUCAAAAUUUGGCACAAUUUGCUCAUCACAGAUACGGGAUCAAUUAUCGAAAGUUCUCGAGAAAGAUUUAAGACGAUCGAUAAAUAAAAAUGUGUUUGGAACAGGUGCUCAUCAUUGGGGUAUGCGCCAUCAGAUUAAAUCAUUAACGUGCCCAGGUUGUACGUUGUCUUUGCAAACGCCAGUUUUACUAGGUAACAAUGGAAUCGCGAUCUUUCGUUGCGGCCAUGCAUAUCACGUAAAUUGUAUGAUAGAGAGAAAGCUCACCAGAUGUAAUCUUCAUCAGUAAAUAAGAAUUAAAUGAAAAAGUUACAUGUAUAGUACAUACAUUUCUCUUAAAA